CUCCCAGCAGCGCCCGCGCACAAGAUGGCGGCGCGGGGUGGCGGGCGGUGAGCGAGGGGCGGCGGCGGCCGCGGGCCGACAUGACCUACACGGCCGAGCAGCUGGACGGGGUGCGGCGGAUCAAGCGGUGCCGGGAUUACUACGAGAUCCUGGGGGUGAGCCGGGAUGCCGGCGAGGAGGAGCUGAAGCGGGCGUACCGCAGGCUGGCCCUGAAGUUCCACCCCGACAAGAACCGCGCACCCGGAGCCACCGAGGCCUUCAAAGCAAUAGGCAAUGCUUUUGCAGUUCUGAGCAACCCUGAGAAACGACUCCGCUACGAUGAGCUCGGGAGUGACCACGAGCACGUCAGCACUGGCCAGGCCAGGCACUACAAUUACUACACAGAAUUCGAAGCAGACAUCACACCAGAAGAAAUAUUCAAUGUGUUUUUUGGUGGGCAUUUCCCUACAGGGAAUAUCCACAUGUUCUCCAAUGUAACCAGAGAUGCUCACUAUUACCCACGGAGGCACCGGGCUGAGAGGGCGUGGACACAGGAGCCAGAGGAGGAAGAGCACAGGCCGCAGAAUUCAUACUCUGCAUUUAUCCAGUUGAUGCCAGUUUUCAUCAUCAUAAUUGUGUCAGUUAUAACCCAGCUGAUGGCCACCAACCCACCCUACAGCUUAUUCUACAAAUCGUCCAUAGGCCACGUUGUCAGCAGAGAAACAGAGAACUUGCAGGUGCCUUACUAUGUUGAUAAAAACUUUGAAAAGAAUUAUCAAGGAGCAGAACUUCAAGAGCUUGAGAAAACAGUUGAGAAAGAUUACAUAGACUAUAUUCAGACCAGCUGCUGGAAGGAGAAACAGCAGAAGUCUGAUUUGUCAAAUUUGGCCAAGCUCUACAGAGAUGAGCGGUUAAAACAGAAAGCAGAGUCCCUGAAACUUGAGCACUGUGAGAAGCUCUCCAGUCUGAUCGGGAUGCACAAAGGGGGCUGACCAGGACGGGCACGUUCCGUAGUUUUACUUAUUGCUGUUUUAACUUAUGUUUUUAUUUUCCUUCAUAUGAAAAGGGAAGGAGUCUGUUGUAAAGAGUCUGGACGUUGGAGUCCUUCUGCAGGUAGUGCAGAGAGGGGCCAUCCCGAGCUGUUUGCUGUAGUAUAUCCUGUACAGUAGAUUUGGUUCCAAGGACCAGUGGCACUUUGUAAAUGAAUUCCCCAGGACGCGCUCUGAGUUCAGAACCCGUCUGCGUGGGCGGUUUGUCCGCCACCCAGGCUGUGUGUGCUUCCCAGGAGAGCAGGCACCUCUCGGCUUCCCGUGUUUCCUCUGGACCUGCAGCUCCCUGGAUCCCCGGCAGCGCCGCGCUCGGGGCUGGGGGUCACUCCCGCUGUCCCUCGGGGCUGUGCCACAGAGCUGGGGGGUUGUUGCAGUACAGGAGGGACAGGUCCCUGCCUCAGGUGAGCCCCUGAGCACAUUCCCAGCUCUCCCACUGCCCCAGGGAUCACAUCCCGUGCUGCUCCAAGGGAGGGCUGUGCCCAUCCUGGCACCAACAUCGACCAGAUGAUGGGAGUCUGGGAACUGCACCAGUUCCAGUGUCUGCCAGACCGUUGGGAAAGGAGAACUGUGUUCAUUCCCUUGUCUGUUUCCAGUGGCAUAUUUUGAAGCUGGCUACUCCAUUCUGGUUUUUAUCUGCACACUUCCCCAGCUCUCCCAGGGUCCUGCUUUUUCCGGUACAGUUCUCAUGUAGCAUAUUUUUACUCUGUUGAGCAGCUACGAAUGUUUCACUGUAGACAUGAUAAUGCAAAGAAAAAAUCCAUGUGGCAAUGUCCUGUUUUUUCUUGAUCUUCCUUUACACAACCAGGCCUUGAAGGGCAGGCUGAGGCUGGGUCGUCCUCAUGAAGAGCAGACCAGUGUUAGACCAGUGUUACUCCAGUUAAGCACUAUUAACCCCCUGAGGCAGUCUGGUGUGUGCCCUGCAUGGAAUGACCUGCUCUUCCAGGGAAUACCUGCCCGGGGUGGGGGGCUCACAGACCAGCACUGCUCCCCUCUGACCUUGGCAGUGUGAGUCAGUGAGACAUGAGCAAGGCUCUGCUGUUGCCACAUUCCUGAAACUGGAGUCACACAGGAUGCACAGGUGGCCUUGGCUGAAACCUAGGGAGCAAAUGCUCAAAAGCGGGGGAAAUGCCAGGAUUAAACCUGCCUGUAAAGCUCAGACUGUCCCUGUGCUGGGCACUGGUGCAGUGGUGUAUGAGUCCUGCUGGAUGGAACUGGGAAUGUUGGUACCACAGUGUGUCCCCUCCAUGUCCCUGUCCCAUCCACACAGCCCUGGGAGGUUUGGCAGGAAAGGAAGCUGGGAGCUACAGGAAAAUAAGCUUUUCUGGGGUCUGCCCUGGGAUGUGAGGUUUGAGGCCUGGUGUUCCUGCACACAAGCCCUAAACAUCCCAGCUCCCAUCGCAGGGAGGAGAACAUUCCAGGUACAGCAGCAGUGCUGUGGUGGUGUGUCAUAAAAGGAAAAAAACAACAUAGUGACUCUCUAAGUUGCAUUUUUAUGCUGACAUUUGUGCCCCAAUUGUAGGAAAUCUUGUAGGAACAUGGGGGGAUGCUGAGUAGAAUUUAUUGGGCACUUGGAGCAGGAGGAGCACUGGUGAAAAGGGCAUUUUGAGGGGCUUGGUGUGGAACAUACUUAGUGCCAGAGUUUAAGGGCAAGAAUGGGUGAUCAUUCCAAGUUGGCUUGCAGAGCAGGCAGCCUUAAUUCUGGUAUUUCCCAGUUUUGAGCACGAGUGUGUAAAAAAAGUGAAAAUAAUGUUGCUUUUUAUAUAUAAAAUAGCUUGUAGAAUAUAUUAGAAAUCUAUUUAAGUGUUUGGACUUGGUUCCAGGGUUGGUAUCUUCCCUGUCAUUCCUGUGUGACUGUAGAGGGAUACAGGUAGGGAGACCAAAUCCAGUGACUUCCUGGACUCACAAUGUCCUGCACAGAGCUUGAACUCCUCCAUAGCAUUUUGCACUGAAACCAGAUUGUACCUUUCAUCCAAAGAUCUUGAGUACUUGAUGGAGGUGGGAGACCUCCUGUGGGAAGCACAAUCAGCUAGGAAACGCAGGAGGGAGGUAAAAACAUGCCCAAAAGCAAUAAGUGUUCUUUGUUCUAACCAGGGAGGGUCAGGGUGCUGGUCCCGGUGUGAGCUGUGAGGGAGGACAUGAGGCUUGGGACCUCUGCGGUGACAAACAGGACGAGUUGCGUUUGUACGGUGCUCCACGGGGAAAAGGAGGAUCCUCUCUGGAGCCCGUGGUGCGGGAAUGCAUCGCCGUCCUUCUCCAAGGGGUACUUGCGGUUCUUCUUUGUGGGGCUCUGACGGGAGGAAAGGGUGUUCCUGGGUGCACCGAGCGCUUGAACAUGGGUUUGUGUGUGUAUAUACAUUUAUUUAUUUUUAAAUUAAAGAUGUGACAUCGCUGUGCCUGUC